AUGCUUCAGCGCCCCUCUCUCUUGCCGGCAUCCAUGCGGGCUACGUGCCGCACAGCUACUGCACCCAAACAGGCGGAUCCCGUACCAGUCCCGGUCACGGAACCGGAUUCGAACUUUGCCUCAUUUUGUGAAGAUGAAGAGAUUAUCAUAGUUGAACCUACUGAUCCAGAUGAGGACAGGUUAAAAAGAUGUCAGCUGACCGUGACUGAGAACGUCAGCGAAAGUCGAUUACCGAUGCAACACCAAAUGGAAAACGAACCUGUACAUACAGAUAACUCUCGGCUCGUUACUUCCAGUUCCCUUCCUGUUACGACAACUCCCGUCAUACAACUAACCGGACAGGUUAAUCCUGGAACUGCUGGAUACGUUACUCUGAAUGACGCAUUACAAACGCUUUUGCCGUGUAUAUCUCGACCGGCUCCGCUCCCUGCUGUUUCACUCCAGCCUGUUCUGACAGCAAAGUUCGGAAGUACAUCGAACUUGGUGAACCCUUGUGUGAUUUCAAACCCAAUCGCAACACUACUGCUCCAAUCUCCUCAAACCGCUCCGGUCACAACUUCCACCAACACACCAGCCAUGAAUGUAAGCAGCUCUAUUAACGCUGCAUUUGAGGAGACCACGAAAUUAGCACAGUCUAUUGCACCUCUGAAUCCACUAGUUGCUGCAAUUUUGGUCAACUGUGCCACUGUAAAUAUGAUCAGUCAGCUUGCUGGAUCCAUUUCAACACCCAUCUACAACACAAGCGCGUAUAGUGCGGCCAGCACGAUGCAAACGGGAUCUGCGUUGAACGCAUUACUGCCUACCUUAUUGUCAAACUUUACACUACCGACCAGCAUGUUUGCCACUCCAACCGAUUCAAAUCAACGAAUUUCGAACGGGUAUGCGAGUACUGUGUCAACUACUCCCUCAAUACCGCAGUGUCAGCCCACGGUACUAGAUAAUGCAACAACUCAACAGGUCUCCACCGAUCAGAUUAGUUGUGUUACUUCAUCCGCUACUACCUCUCCUUCAAACCCCAAUAAUUCCUUUACCAAAACUGCUAGUCGUGUUAAACGUUUUAAAUGCCCUGAACCGAAUUGUGGUGCAGCCUUUUACAGCCGAUUCAAUCAGACGGAGCAUAUUCGAACUCAUACCGGUGAACGGCCUUUUACGUGUCCCAAUCCUGAUUGCACGGCUGCGUUCAAGAGGAAUCGAGACUUGCGCGAGCACUGGCACUUACACCUUCAGGAUUCCACAGCCACGCUCAGCAACUCCUCACAUCCCAUUAAAAUUGAUGAUGACGAGGAAGAGUCUGAAGUAAUCCGACCAAUAGAUGAACAUAUACCCAAGCAAUCCUCUCCCUCUGUCUCGUUGGAAAAGAACAAUUCGACCGAUCUGUUAAAUUCACUGCAUAUGUCUUCACAGUCAGACUCGGCUAACGAAUCAGGCGAUUUGGAGAAUAGAGUUGAUUGGGGGUUGGCAAUUCCUGAUCCUGAUCCUGAACGCUAUCACUGUACCUAUCCAGGAUGUGAUAAAUCCUACGCAAGGCGACACAGACUCAACCAACACCUUUCAACGCACACCGGUAGCGGCCCUAUUCGCUGUGAUCAGCCCAACUGUCAUGUCCGGUACUUUUCAGAAGAGGAUUUACAACGUCACAAAUUAGUCCACAUGUAUGCGAAUGAUAAACUUCCUAGGCGUCGACAUGCAUGCCCCUACCCAAAUUGUGACAAGGCUUACUCGAAACUGAACAAGUUGAAAGAACACCUCCGUUCCCACACAGGAGAGCGCCCCUAUGUGUGUCGAGAGCCAGGAUGUGGUGCCGCUUUCAUACGGCUGUACGGAGUGCGACGUCACGAAUUGACCCAUGUAUUUGGUCGCAGACGCGUAAGACGUUUGACCCGGUUUCCGACAACGUUGGCUCAUGUUUUACGUACUGCGGGUUAUGCACCAAUGCCGAACGGGUUGAACGGGUCUGUUCCAGAAAACCAGUCAUCAAUGCUAUCAAAGCCUUUAAAUUCAAGUGAAACUAAGCCAGAUUGUAACAUUGAUACCCAGGCAACACAACCCCGCCUACUACCGGCUAUAGCACCAAAAAAUCCGGCAAUAAUCUCCCAGAGACCCAUGUCCCCAAUUACUGGUCCGCCUGGGAUAAGGAAACCACAUGUCUGUCCGUUCAAGGACUGUGGUAAAGCCUUCCCUAAAAUGAACAAACUACGCGAGCACAUAUGUCGACAUACAGGUGAGCGGCCUUUCGUUUGCGACAAAUGCCAGGCUUCGUUUGUUCGGAUGUAUGACCUUCGAAGGCACAGUAAUAUCCAUCUACGUGGAGCGGAACCCAGAAACUCACACCGCAACCUUGCUCCGAGACUCUUGGAAACUGGUGAAAACUCGAUAGUGUCACUGACUGCGGAUCACGAACAGACCAAGCUGGAAGUUCCUCCUGAUCCACUGACCUCAUGA